CGUCAGCCAGCGCAGUGUCGUGGUCGUGUUAGUCACGUCGUCAAACGUCUAUUGCUUACAACAGUACAGUCGGAGCGCUUGGAGGAAGAGGUUGUCGAGCAUAUAUUGACGAUCAAAAAGUCAAAAACGCCCUUAAUAUAUUGUUAUAUUUUUUGUGUAGACGUCUCUAGUUAGUAUUUCACCAACAAUUGGUACCGUAUCCUUUGUGAUCCAACAUUUUUUAUAAACGCAGCAUUUGAUACUCUUAGGGAAGCAACAAAGGGAUCAUGGCUUCAGCUGAACCUCCAAUCAAGGAUCGUAGACCAGCACCUGUUAAUGAGGUGAAUACACGUCCACAAACUUUGCAAACAAAGAAAGGCACUACUGGCAGUAGACUGCGACUUCAGGCUAAUUAUUUCAGGGUCAAUAGUCAACCUGAUUGGUGUCUCUAUCAAUACAGGGUAGACAUUGCACCUGAAGAAACAAGAACUAUUUAUCGCAAAGCUUUGUUGAGAACACAUAAAGCUGCUAUAGGUGGAUAUAUUUUCGAUGGAACUGUUUUAUAUACUAGCAAUCCACUUCCACAGCCAAUGGAACUGAAUUCAAUCAGACAAAAUGAUAAAGAGCCUAUGAAUAUUACAAUUCGCUUGGUUGGUGAUGUGGUCAAAGGUGACUACCAUUACUCCCAGAUUUAUAGUCUACUAAUUAGAAAAACUUUGGAAGAGCACUUAAAAUUACAAUUGGUUGGUAGAAACUAUUUUGAUGCUACCUGCAAAAUAAAAGUUCCAGAAUUUAAAUUUGAACUUUGGCCUGGAUAUAUAACAUCUAUAAGACAACAUGAACAAAGUAUCUUGAUGUGUGCUGAAAUAUCUCACAAAGUAAUGCGGGAUGAGACACUGUUGGAAGUCUUGGUAGAAUGUUUGGAUAAAAAUAGAAGUAACUAUCAAAGACUGUAUCAAAAUAGAGUACUUGGAUGUGUUGUACUUACGGCUUAUAAUAACCGUACUUACAGAGUGGAUGAUGUCGAUUUUAGUGUAAAUCCAUUAAGUACUUUCAAACAGAAAGAUCGUAGUGAGAUUACAUAUGCUGCUUAUUAUAAACAGAAGUAUCAAAUUCAGAUUAGGGAUAUGAGGCAACCUCUUUUGGUGUCAAAGUCUAAAAUGCGUGAAAGAAGGGCUGGUCAAGAUGAAUUAAUAUAUUUAAUACCUGAACUGUGUCGAAGUACUGGUAUAUCGGAUAAUAUGAUCUGUGAAUUUAAGACGAUGGCAGCACUGGCAAGGUACACUAGAGUUGCACCCUCUGAGAGAAUAAAUAAAUUAAUGGAAUUCAACCAUCGUCUAAAAACUCAACCUGAAGUUAUUAAAGACUUUAAAGAAUGGAAUUUGAAUAUAGACAACAAGCUUGUAGAGUUAGAAGGACGUGUUUUGCCAGAAGAGGAAAUUAUUUUUGGUGAUAAUAAAAGCCUGGCAGUGAAAGAUGCAGAUUGGACUCAACCACUUCUAACUACAGUGCAUUUAAAGGUGGGAGUGUUGAAUGAUUGGGUGGCGAUUGUUCCAAAGCGCUUGAUAUCAGCAUUUUGCAGUUUCAUGACUAAUACAAUACAUGCUGCAGCUAAAUGUGGUUUUAAAAUGACUAAGCCAAGAAUAAAAGAAAUUCCAGAAGACAACAUUGAUAUAUACUCUACUGCACUAGCACAAGUCACAAAUGGAUCAAUGCCUCAACUUAUUUUUUGUGUAGUUACCAGCAACCUAGCUAUGAGAUAUGCACUGAUUAAAAAGAAAUUAUGCAUUGACAGACCAAUACCAAGUCAAGUAAUUCUUGCCAGAACUAUAACUGCAAAGAAUGUGAUUACAGUUACAAGUAAAGUAGCUACACAAUUGAAUUGUAAAAUCGGUGGAAUACCUUGGACGAUUAAGCUUAGUGCAUUUUUACCAGGAUUGAUGAUUGUUGGAUACGACGUUUGUCAUGAUAAAAGGGCGAACGCAUCUUACGGCGCUAUGGUUGCUUCUCUGGAUCAAAAUUUUGGCCGUUAUUUCUCUACAGUCAGUCAACAUAGUUCGGGCGAAGAGCUUUCGAAUGACUUAUCUAUACAACUUAUGCGAGCACUUGAAGAAUUUGCCAAAGAAAAUCGUAAUAGAUUACCCUCUUGUAUACUAAUCUACCGUGAUGGUGUUGGAGAAGGUCAGAUACCAUUUGUCUAUAACCAUGAAGUGCAAGAGAUCAGAAAGAAGCUUGCUGCAAUUUAUGAAGGGCGUGGACGAUUUAAGCUUGGUGUUAUUAUUGUUACUAAGCGCAUUAAUACUAGAAUCUUUUUAAACAAACAAAAUCCGCCACCUGGUACCGUAGUAGAUGACGUGAUUACAGAUCCGUUAAAAUAUGAUUUUUUCAUUGUAUCACAAAAUGUCAAACAAGGAACUGUUGCUCCAACAGCUUAUAAUGUAAUUGAAGAUUGUACCGGGAUCCCACCGGAUAAGCUACAGAUGGUAACUUUCAAAUUAUGCCAUCUGUACUUUAACUUAGCUUCUACUAUAAGAGUACCAGCACCUUGUCAAUAUGCACAUAAAUUAGCAUUUUUCGCCUCUCAAACUUUGCAGCAAUCCCCACACAAAAGUCUACAAAAAACUUUAUACUUUUUGUAAAAAAGUUGUUUACAUUCAAUUUUAUUUUUUAUUUCAAAUUCAUGAUAUUUUUCCAAUAAGAUUUUGAAUGUAAGUUAUCUUUAAAUAUAAAUAAUUGAGCUUAUAAUUUGAUUAUUAUUAACAUGACUAUUAUCAAAACAAUAUUAAAUAUUGAUUUUAUCAGUAUCAGGUUUUGUGCAAAACACUUUCACUUGAUGUCUUCAUUGUAAUGCACAUAUUCAACGAAAUGUGAUGUUUUUUUAUUUUGAUAUUUUUUGCUUGUAAACAUAACUUUUUUUAUUUGAAAAGAAAAAAUAUUCAGCACUUGAAAAUUUUAAUAUGUGGUAGCUUUAAAAUAUCUUUUUUAAACGAUAAAAUCAAGAAAAUGUUAUUGUUGUACAUGUCAUCAUUUUUGCUCAGUUUGAAGUUACGUUUAACAUCAAAUACCUUCAUAUAUAACGUUCAUAUAUGUAUACAGUUAACAAACUGAGCAAAUCCUGCAUAUAAAACUUGAUUGUGUUUAUUGUUUUUGGAAAAUUUGUUUUUUUUUUCGUUCAAAUGCUAUUUUUAAGCAUAUAUUCAUUAUCUUAUUUUGAAGAAGAUCUUGUAUUCAGUUUUGUGAUUUCAACAUAUAAAAAAUGUAAACCUCUUAAGUAACAUUAAUUAUUUACUACAAUUUGUUCCAUUACUUAUCAAGAUAUCUUAGCGUUUAAUUAUAACAUUUUACAUUUAUGUCUUGUAAUAAACAAUCCAUUGAAUAACUUUGUUUUUAUGUUUACAUCCUAUCAUUAAGCCAAUUUUUAAUUAACAUUGCAAGUGAUCAAAUUU